ACUAACCUAAAAUAUAUAAAAAAACAGAUUUGACCAAAAAAGUAACAAACGGGUUUAUAUGCUGUGAAUCUCCUAUUGACGGCAAAUUGCAACAAACCCUAUUCUCACUCACAGCGUUGAUUCCCUACAAUGUCGAAGAAGAAACAGAAGAAGAGAGCAAGAAAAGUUAACGGGAUGAAGAAGAAAGAAAGAAAUGUUAACGUCUCCGGAAAACCAAAGCAUUCUCUUGAUGUUAACCGGAGCAAUGUCGCCACAAAAAAUUCCCGAUCUGCGGCCACUGUUCGCCGUCUCAAAAUGUACAAAAACAGACCUGUUCGCUGUCGUAGAGGAAGAGUUUUAUCUAACGAGUAUCAAUCUAAGGAUCUUCCUAAUACAAGAAUUCAACCUGAUCCUCGUUGGUUCGAGAAUACUCGUGUUAUAGGUCAGAAAGAGCUUGAUGGUUUUAGAGAAGAAAUGGAUAAGUAUAAGUCGAGUAAUUAUAAUGUUAUUACUAAGGGGAAGAAUUUACCAUUGUGAUUUUUCAAUGAUCACUAGAAGUUUUUUUUUUUUUUUUUUCUUCAGCUGCUUGAUUAUUGCAAGGAUUUUGUGUUUUCAUUUGAAUUCUUUAAGAAAAUUUGGUAAAUGUACUUGUUUAUGAAUUAUGAGCUAUAUAAAGCAGGGACACUCCUCAUAUUAGCCUUGUCCCGUGUUGGACACUUGUCGGUGCCGACACUAUGAUUACACUUAAUUAUGUCAUUUUUUCAAAUUA